UUGCAAAACUUUAAUAAUAUGUUUAAGCCUUUUCUUUUUAAAAAAAUUGGAGUUUUGGACUAAACUGUAGUUGGAAAAUUUCUCCAAAAAUCAGUUGUAACUUAAAAAUACUAAUUUAUAGGAGUAGAUUAUCUAGUUAUUUAAAAAGAAAAUGAUACUCCGGUUCAUUAUAAUGUGAACCGGAAACUCUUUAAAUAACUAGAUAAUCUACUCCUAUAAAUUAGUAUUUUUAAGUUACAACUGAUUUUUGGAGAAAUUUUCCAACUACAGUUUAGUCCAAAACUCCAAUUUUUUUUUAGAUAGUCUGUUUGAUGGGAUGAAUAAUUCUAUAAAUUUUGUAUUUUGUCUUAUAAAUUAUCGUUUCUUAUAACUCUACAAACUAUAACUAAUAAGUGCAAAUGGACCAGAAAUAACGCAAAUGGUUAAAUUAGGCCCAUAUUUCCAAAUGUAAAUAUAAUGUCACUUCUCACAUGUGUGUUUUUCACAUGAAUAUGAUUUUGGGCCCAAACUUAUCAGAGAUAUAUCUUGCAAUAUGACCCAGUUUCCAAAUAAAAUUUUGUAGGCGUCGGCUCAAUUCUGGUCCUAGUUUCCUCGCGUUCUUAUUUCAAAAGUGCUAAGUAAUAAUCUGCGCUUAUGCGGAAAUGUAAUUAUUAGUUUUGUUAUUUUAAUAAAAAAACAUUAAAUUUGUUUCAUCUAGAUAUUAGUUCGGUUUUAAGUAUUUUUUAGCUUUUAAUCUUCUAAAAUAUAAUUAUUAUUUUAAAUUAAUAUUCAUUUUAGUUUAUUCGGUUAAAAUGUUUGAUUUUCUGUUUUUUAGGUAAAAACAAUGUUAUUUAAGCCUUUUGCCUUUGCGGCAAUAAGAUCAGCUAAAUUUGUUUAUAAAAACUUUAGGAACAAAAUAAAAUAUUAAAUGAAAUUUCCCAAAAUAAGUUGUGCCUACCAACAUGAUUAUGAUUAGCUAUUUUGUUCUUUUAGAAAUGAAAUGAAAUUAAACAUCGAAAUUGAAAUGUAACUCGGAAGUACAGAAUAUAAAUACAUUUUUGUCAACGAUUUAGUUUAAAAACACAACUCUAAUAAAAUGGAUAAAUCCAGUGGUGUUGUGUAAAAUAAAAGGUUCAUAUCAUAUAAAAAUAUAUUUUAAGUGAUUAUCAAAUGUAAUAGUAUUGAAAUGUUAUUUUGGGUAUUUUCCAAACUUUUGCCAAAGUUUACCAAAUUAUAAUUUUUUAAUAUAAUAUUAUGUAAAAAUUAAAAAAUAAUAUUAUCAAACAUCUAUAUAUAAAAUAAUAUAUUCUACACUAUAUGUAAAUUACAAAAUAUAAAAAAAUAUGCAUGAGAUUUUUUUAUAAAACAUGCAGUUCAUGAGUUUACGUUGAACACAAGUUAAAUUAAACACAUGCGCGGAGAUACUGGUAAGGUUCUAGUUAAGAAUUAUGUAAGGAAAAUGGAGUCAUGUUUCUAACAUAUUGUUGGUUCUUUUCACUUUUGAUCUUCUAACUUGUUUUUAUAAUAUUUCUAAAAACUUGUUUUUACAAAAUAUAAACAUUGAGUAUUUCUUUUAUUUUUGUUCAGUUGAUCUCUAGUCUCUUAACUAUUCCAAACCCAACACAAUUAUGUUUACGGUAUUAACAAUUUUUUAUUUACAAAACAUAUCAAAAUAAUACUCUUUAUAAAACAUAAAAUUGUCAAAGCCCUUACUUAUAUUACAAAACCUAAUAAAUAAUUUACUUAUCAAGGAAGGACUGGACAUUUUAUUCGUUGGAUUUGAUUUGAUUUAUUAAUCGUUUUGAUUCGAUCCCAAAAAAAUCUAAAUUUCCGUAGAUUAUCGGAGCAAAGAAAAUACUUAAAGUCAAUAUCCUCAAAAACGAAUUAAAUCACAAAUAUUAUUAUUUUAAAUGGCAGAUUUUUGUUCCGCUCCAACAUAUAUGUAAAUGAAAUUAAAAUAUAUAUUUUAAUAUAAUUUUUACAGUUCUUAUUUUAACUUACAAUUUAAUAAAUUUAAUUCACAAAUUUUUAGUUAAAUAUUAAAUGAAGAAAAUAAAAUAUUUAUAAAGUUGUAUCAUUUUUUAUAGAUUUACUUGUGUUGAAUAAAACUUAUGAGAUACUCGUUAAUAUUCAUAAAUAUCUACAAAUAUUUUAGAUAUAUGUAUUUCUUUGAAAUAAAACAAAAAAAAAUUCUAAAACACGGACAAAUCACGAAUACCAAAAAAUAUUACUCCAUCUAUAUCACUUAAAGUGAUGUUUAAGAAUUUUUAUUUUAUUUCAUAAUAAGUGAUGUUCUCAAUAUUUUAGAUAAAAUUUAAUAUUAUUUAAAAUUUGUAACUAAUUACAAAAUAUUGUAUUUUUUAUUAGUUGAAUUAUUUUUAUUUAAUGAUAUUUUUAUGUAAUCAAAAUACAUUACAUAAAAUUUGUAUUUUCUUAAACGCCAUUUAAAAUGAUACAGAUUAAUAUUCGCUCUGUGGCUACUCGUGUAUAUCUUUCUUUGCACCCAACCAUCUCACCUUCCUCUGUUUUAUCUAUAUAAUAACUUAGAAAAGAGAGAAGAUUGAGACAUCGAGAAGCUAAUAAAUUUUUUUACAAAUUUUAUACUAAAAACAAUGAAUAAAGAUAAUGUUAGGAAAUAUCAAUGAAUAAAGAAAGAUAAGAUGUUAGAGUAGUAAUACGACUGUCGUGUGUUUAAGAAAAAGGAGAAGAGUCAAAGAACAACGUGGGGAAACUUCUCAAACUGCUUCGAACGCCAACCUAUCACGCGCCUUUGCGGUGUCAUCGCAGACGUCGCCAUUUAUAAUUACCGUGUAAUGUGCCUGUAUACCCCUCUUAUAGUUCAAAUUGUGGAUCUAUUUACAUGUUAAGAGGAAAAAUACAAAGGAUUUUACCCAAAGAUAAAUAAUAUAAAGAAUAUUCAGACUCUUCAAGAAUCAGCAAAAUGUUACGGCUAGAUAUAUAAAUACAUUUCCAAUUAAACAAAGAACGGGAUAACCACACAGUUGCCAACGGGAGCAAAUGAAUGAGCUAGCUGAAACCCAACUUUUAUAUAUUCAAAGUUUUAGUUUGAAUUAAUAUUUAAUAAUGAUGAAAUAAUAUGCAAAAUAAAUUUUAAUCCAAGUAAUACUAAUUAGUUUUAAAUUGCAAUUUUAUAAUAAACUUAAACAUUACAUGGUAUUAAAGUCACCCGAUUGUUGGAUCACUUGAUAUUAAUUUUACAAUUGUUCAUAAAUAAAUAUAAUGAGAUUUAAAUAAAAUAAAUUUUCAUAACGAUAGUUAAAUAUAAUAUUAAAAGUAAGUGUAAAUUCUCUCAUUAUCAAAUCAUCAAUUAGUUUUGAGUUGAACACUUAUAAUAAACUCAAAUUUAACAACCAGUAUUUGAGUAUUGGGACACAGUUGUGAAAUAUAAUACUAAUAAAUAAGUGUUAUGGAAUUAGGUGAACUAAUGUUUAUAACAACUCAGACAGAAUGCUUAAUAGUAACAAUUUAACAAAUUAAUGUAAUUGUUAAAGGAAACCCCAACAAUUUUAAUUUAAGAAAAAUACAGAAGAAUACUGGUGAAAUUUUAUGGCUAACUGGAUUCAAGAAAAGCAAUAUGACUUUGUCGUAAAAAAAACCAAAAAAGAACUAAGGAUGGACGUUGUUUUCAUAAUAAUCAAGUCAAGAAUAUAUCUUCUUAGUUCGAGUUCAUAAGCCUUAAAAAACCUAUUAUAAAUACACACCUCUCAAACGUUUAGUCAGGAUUAAAUGAACACAUGUGAACACCAACCUAGCUCGUUCUCCACAAAGCCUUCAAAAACCUAUUAUAAAUACACACCUCUCAAACUCUCUCCCUUCAACUCUAAGCUUUGCUUUCUUCCUUCUAUAUUCUCAAACUUCCAGAAAACCUCAAACUUCGAGACGUACGGUGAGAUCGUGAUCAAAGUAGACAUGGGAGGUCCAGGAUCAUCACCAUGUGCUUCGUGUAAGCUUCUUCGAAGACGCUGUGCCAAGGAAUGUAUCUUUGCACCUUAUUUCCCUCCUGAUGAUCCUCAUAAAUUCGCCAUUGUUCAUAAGGUCUUCGGGGCAAGCAACGUCAGCAAAAUGUUGCAGGAGCUACCGGUUCAUCAAAGAGCCGACGCGGUGAAUAGUCUGGUUUUUGAAGCAAACGCACGAGUUAGAGAUCCGGUAUAUGGCUGCGUAGGAGCAAUCUCCUACUUACAAAAUCAAGUCACCCAGCUUCAAAUGCAACUAGCAGUGGCUCAAACCGAGAUUCUCUGCAUCCAAAUGCAACACGAGCCAACUUUACAAUCUCAUCACGAAGUAUUUGAACUAGACCAAGACGACAAAGCUCACUUGCUACACAGCAACAAUAACAGCAUCAAUAACUGCAACAACAACUAUAACUUGGCCUAUGCUAUGUCUUCUGGACAAUUGAAUUCUAAUUUUGCUUCUCCAAGCAGUAUAAUACAGAUGCAAAUGCAAGACCCUCUUAAGCAAGAAUCUCUUUGGACUUGACUUAAGCCAUUGUUAUAAAAUUAAUAUUUGUUGUUUGGAAAACUCAGUGAAGGCUCGACAAGUUUGCUUCGUGGCUAUGUUGAAAAAGAAAAUUUCUUUUUUUGAAAACUAUGGGAACAAGUUUCGUGUAAGAAAAGUAAUAUAUAAGUCAAAAGCUUAAAUGCAUGCAUGUGAUGGUGAUGAGAUGUAGUUAGAAGCUUUGAGAAGUAGAGAUCUGUUUAUUUCUCUUUUAAUUUUGUUUCUUACUUUUGUUCCUUUUCGCAUCGUCUGAACAAUGAAACUUUAGAUCUAAUUCCAAACCUAAUUUAAUCUUUUUAAGUCUUCUAGUUUUUUUCUUUACCAACUACACUUCUUUCCCAAAGAAACCCACUCAAAAUUUUGUCGCUUUCAAACUAUGAGAAAAUUGCAUGGGUUAAUAUAAAUACUUAAUAAAUUUUAAUAAAGUUAUCUUAGAAAACAAAAGCAAGUUUGCUUUUGCGGAAUAUAUAUUCUUAUGUAUCCUAAAUUGUAGAUUUUGUUUCUACUUGCGAUAAAGUGAAGUGGAAAUCCACUUUUUAUACAAAAACAAAUCUACAUGAUUCAACCUUUAAAAUUUGUUUGACUUACUAUAUAUAUAUAUAUAUAUAUAUAUAUAUAUAUAUUAAUUCGACCGACCUCAUUUGAUUAAUCAUAGGCAACACGUUAGAACGUAAAGUCGCCUGUACUGUUGCCUUUGUACUAGACCUUUUCUUAAAAAGAAAAUAUAAUUUUUAAUUGAUCAAACUCAAUUAGAAAAGAGGAGGAGGAGACGUUGAAUUUGAUUAUGAUAUCUCCGUGACUCCAUCGCUAGUGUUCAUGUGAUCAGUAGACGAAAAAAAUUCAAAAAUACUGCCUGUCGACAAGGGAAAGAAUCUUAUGACUAAAAACAAUCGAUCAUGUUCUUACAAAAAUUAUUAUAUUAUUUUCUAAUGCUCUUAACUUGUUUCUAACGAUCAUUUCAAGCGAGAGAAUUUUAUUUCUUUUUUUUUAUCAACAGCGAGAGAACUUAUAACUGUCUUAUUCAUAUCAUAAAUUAUUGGGAUGAUAUAAAUAAUAUAUCUUCAACUUUACGUAACAUUUUUUAAUAAGGAAAAUAAUUAUAUUUGUCUGUUUGUUGAAACUCUCUUAACUUUUAGUAUAUUAUAUAGUACAUUACACUCAUGUAUACAUCUAGUUAAUUAUGCAUGUCUAGAUUUAUAAAAAACAAAAACAUCAAAUUUGGUUAAGAAGAAACAAAAUUUAUGUAAAUAUAUAUUGGCCAUGUGUUAUCUAGUUUCUUUAAUCUGCCAAACUUAAGUUAAUUAAAAAGCAGAAGAGAGUAUCCAGAUAAAUGAUUUGAUUACAAUGACAGAAUAACACUAAGCUUUUUUGGAUUAAUAAUAACACUAAACUUUACACACAUACUUCAAACUUGUUGUCGCUUAAUUAAUUUAUGCAGACCUCAACAAACUUUCUGUUGAGGGCUAACAUAUUCAGAUUAUGAAAUUUAAAGCGUAUAAGUACGUGGAAAUCAAAUUAUAUAUAGCUUCACAUACUCACUCUUCAAAUGUACUUAUGACAGAAGGAUGCUAACAAAAUAGAAUAUUGGACGAAUGACAUGAGAAUGCUAAUUAAGUAGUCUAGUGGCAUCUUUUUUUAUAUAUAAAUAGAGUCUAGUGGCAUCUUCAAUAAUUAUACUAUAUCUUUAUUUUUUUCAAAAUGAAAUAUUAUAAGUAUAUUCUGUUAUUAUUAUUAUUAUUAUAUUUUAAUCAUGGGUUAUAAAAUUUUAAUUUUAUUAUAUUUUCUAAAAGAUGCAAAAAAAAAAUAUCUUAAUUACAAUAUCAUUAUAUAAAUAAAUAUAAAAUCCAAUAAACAUAUAAUUUAUCUAUGAAUGUAUAUAUAGUAGUCUUAGUAAACAAUGAAACCUUUUAUUUAAGUAUUAACAGGAAAUAUUUAAUUUUAGAUAUAAUAUUAAUUAAUUACAUAGAAUCAUUUUAUAAAUAAAACAGCUUAAAAUUCAAAAUUUCACCACUGAAAACACAUUUCUCACAUUUUUUUAUAUUUUCUCUCAAAAUAAUGGAUCAUUUAAAAUGGUCUAGAUUGUGUACUGAACUUUUGGGUUUAUUAAAAAAAACUGAACUUAUAUGUGUAUGUACUUUAUAGAUGAAAUACAUAGGAAUAAUUAAUCGGCCAUGUGUAAAUGUUUCGUCCAUGUCCAUCACAUGCAAAUGCUUUUUUUUUAAACCAUUUUACAUACAAAUGCUUUUUUCAUGAUAAACUACAGUUAUCAAACAACGUAGAAACUGAAAGUAUAUUUAAAGAACAUAAACUACAUGUUAUAAGAAAUAUUUCUGAAACAAUUAGGUGAAACGUCAAAUACCUAGCUAGUCCAUGUAAUAAC